UGUUAUUUGUAAAAUUGUAAAAAGGAAAAUAUAUAAAAAAUCAAUAAUAAUAUUUAAAUGUAAUAUUUUUUAUUCAUUAAGGGUAUCGGUGUAAUCAACCAUCAUAAGAGUUAACGUAAGCGGGACACAUAAGAAACUGACUUCUCAAAUAAUAUUAUAGAGAUUAAUUGCAACUUUAAAUUAUAUUAAACUGAAAUUAAAGAAACUUAACAAUUCUACCAACUUUGAGAAUAUCUUUUCAUACUCAAUAUUUACACAAUAUUAUCCAAUAUAUUAUAUAUAAAAGCAAAAAAUAUAUGUGAAAUAAAAUCCUCUAUCAAAAAAAAAAAAAAUAUAUAUAUGUAUAUAUAUAUAUGUGUGAAAUAUACUGAACUAUUUAUUAUAAAAGCAAAUCUACCAACAUUUGAUCACAAUAAGUCUGGACUAAUUUUUCUCUUGUUUUACUCACAUUUUCUUAGAAAAAUUUUCUAAGAUAGUUUUUUUAAGUUUAUCUUCAUAAAAAUAGCAUUCAAUGACCAAAAUAAAUUUUAUUAAAAAAUAAAAAUACAUUUUUAUCCUAAAGUUAACUAAUCUAAAUUUUGUGUUUAGAAUUAAAGGGUUGGAUUUUUAAGAUAGAGUUUCAAAAUAAAAUAAAAAGACUAUUUUGGUCAUUUUCUUCUUAAGCUAUUUUUGUAACAAAAAGUUAAAAAUAGCAGUUAUUUUUAUAACAAAAACUUUAAAGUAUCUAUUUAAAAGAAUUUUUCUUUUUCUUAUAAGUUGUUGUUUUUUCAAGCAACUUGGUUUACUGCUCUAAUCCUUUUAGAAUUCUUAGUGUAACACAGCAACGACAUUAUCAGUCACAAUGUCUACCUACUACUAGAGACAAAAUCGAUUAUAAACAAAUCAGAAAUUUAUUAUAGUUUCGAUGUAACAGUUGGUACCUGCUAAUAUGGAUCUGGAAAAUACACUAAUAGGUAUAUAUUAAAAACAUAAAUUGUCGUAAAUCUAAUAGAAAAGUGUGUUGAGGAAAGGACGUAGAGGUUCGAAAUACUGACGUGCACACACACACGUGAGAGGCAAAAACUGUAUUUUAGCCGCAUGAAUCUCGUCUCCUGUUUUAUUACAAGGUCAACUUCUGGUCUCUCUCUCACUUCUAAAUCUUACUUAAUUAGUAGAUUCUGAUUUCAAAUCUAGCCAAUUAAUAAUUAAAUAAACGUAACUUCAAAUUCAAAUAUUAAUUAUAAAAACAAUUAAAAGCCUCGGUUUCAUGAUCACACACCUCACAUAGAAGCUUCUUCAGACUUCACAGUCUUCACUAUAUAUAUAUAUGUGUGAAAUAUACUGAACUAUUUAUUAUAAAAGCAAAUCUACCAACAUUUGAUCACAAUAAGUCUGGACUAAUUUUUCUCUUGUUUUACUCACAUUUUCUUAGAAAAAUUUUCUAAGAUAGUUUUUUUAAGUUUAUCUUCAUAAAAAUAGCAUUCAAUGACCAAAAUAAAUUUUAUUAAAAAAUAAAAAUACAUUUUUAUCCUAAAGUUAACUAAUCUAAAUUUUGUGUUUAGAAUUAAAGGCUUGGAUUUUUAAGAUAGAGUUUCAAAAUAAAAUAAAAAGACUAUUUUGGUCAUUUUCUUCUUAAGCUAUUUUUGUAACAAAAAGUUAAAAAUAGCAGUUAUUUUUAUAACAAAAACUUUAAAGUAUCUAUUUAAAAGAAUUUUUCUUUUUCUUAUAAGUUGUUGUUUUUUCAAGCAACUUGGUUUACUGCUCUAAUCCUUUUACAAUUCUUAGUGUAACACAGCAACGACAUUAUCAGUCACAAUGUCUACCUACUACUAGAGACAAAAUCGAUUAUAAACAAAUCAGAAAUUUAUUAUAGUUUCGAUGUAACAGUUGGUACCUGCUAAUAUGGAUCUGGAAAAUACACUAAUAGGUAUAUAUUAAAAACAUAAAUUGUCGUAAAUCUAAUAGAAAAGUGUGUUGAGGAAAGGACGUAGAGGUUCGAAAUACUGACGUGCACACACACACGUGAGAGGCAAAAACUGUAUUUUAGCCGCAUGAAUCUCGUCUCCUGUUUUAUUACAAGGUCAACUUCUGGUCUCUCUCUCACUUCUAAAUCUUACUUAAUUAGUAGAUUCUGAUUUCAAAUCUAGCCAAUUAAUAAUUAAAUAAACGUAACUUCAAAUUCAAAUAUUAAUUAUAAAAACAAUUAAAAGCCUCGGUUUCAUGAUCACACACCUCACAUAGAAGCUUCUUCAGACUUCACAGUCUUCACUAUAUAUCUUUUGACUGUUUUCUCAAUCUCACCACUGAAAACAAACACAAGAAGCUCAAAAUCGAAUGGCGUCGAUUACCUGUUCCUCUGAUCAACGUCUUUCCACAAGCAAGAGACGUUUAAAGCCGUUGAUGUUAAGAGAUUACUUACUCGAUGACCUCAGCUCUUGUUCAUCCAACGGCUUCAAAUCGUUCCCUCGUCGUCAACCUCCUUCAUCAUCAUCCACCGUUCGACGUCUCCUCGACGCUGAGAUCAAACGGUCAGGAUUGAGCCAUCAUCAUCAUCACAAGCCACGUCUCACUGGAAGAAGCCGUACGAGUUGCGGAACGGCUAUAAAUCACGCCGUUCAUAAAGCUUCGACGGCGUUUCUCAACGCCUUGAAACUUAUACCAUUCCAUGCAACCGUUACGUCACGGAAAGGAGAUCAGAAACAACAAGGCGUUUUCUCUAGAAGUUUCUCUAAACGGCUCUUGAGCAAACGCUUCUGGAGAAAACCGGUAAGUCAAUCUCGCCGUGAAGUAACGGUCGAACUCGGAGACGGAGCGAUUCAAUGGUGGAUAUCCACCGCGUUUUUCCCUGACGAAGAGAAUUUAGAUCACGGAAACGAGGCAGCAACAUUCUCGGCCUCCCAAGCUGCGGCGGUCAUCACCACCGAGAAACUUAUCUCCGGUUGUGACUCGUCGAGUUCCGGUAGUGUGUUUUUCACGAACUCGUCGUCGUCGGAGGCUGUGCAGUCUUCUUCUUCAUCGGUCUCAUCAACGACGACGAGCGGUGAAGCUGAAGAAGUGUCGACCAGAAACGACGCCGUGGUUGAGAGCGAAGAGAGUUUAAACGCACGUGACUGUGACGGAUCAUCUGUCAACGGCAACAGCAUGUGUAACAGAGAGGAAAGUGUGAAUGAAGAAAAGGAACAACUUAGUCCAGUAUCGAUCCUGGAGUGUCCUUUUCAAGACGAUGAUGAUGACGAUGAUGAAGAGGAUGCAAUCACUGAUCAUAUUUCCCACCAAAAAGAUACAUACGAGAAAACUGCAAGAAAAAGCCGGAGGUUUAAUGGUUUUGUACGUCUUGAGCCACUAAACCUGGAGAAAUUCAUAGAGAAGCAAGUAGAGAGUGAAGAAGAUGAGUACUCAUAUCACACACAAGAAACAGAAGAGGACGAAUCAGAAAGCCGAGCAAACCGCUUGUUUGCUCUGGUGAAGUUAACAAUCGGUGAAACAAACAACAUACUACUGGCUUCUAACGUAGCGGAUAAUCUAUUAUUAGAUUAUUUUCAAGAAGAUAAUAUUGGGCCAAAAGAAGAGGUGUUAAUGGUGAAAAAAGUAGAAGAUUGGGUGAUGGAUAGACAAGAUGAGAUGUUUAUGAGCUGGGAAGUUAGAGAGAUGAGACAAGUUUAUGUGAAGGAAAUGAAAUGGGGUUGCAUUAAUGAGGACGAGAGCGAGUGUGUGGUUGAAGAUUUGGCUAAUGGACUCUUCACUUUAUUGGUGGAUGAAUUUAUCAGCAACUUAGCUUCGUGAUAAAUAGUUUUUUAUAUGGGGGGGAGAGAGAAGUUAAGAUUUUGACAUUUUGUUGAAGAUUAGAUUUCAUAAUGUAUUAGAAAUAUGUUAUCUUGGAAUAAAACUAUAUGUUGUUUGACAUAAGGGGAAUGCUUAUAUAUUUGUUUUUCAAACUUAAGAGUCUAGAGUGAGAGUUAGAGUCCGUAGUCAUUAUGUGUUUAGUUCAUAAAUCUUUUUUUUAUAUUUCCUAUAGUAUUUUACACAAUCAAUGGACGCCAUCUUUUCCUAAAGACACGAUUUUUAGUUUCUUAAUGAGCCUAUGUUUAUUUAUUUCAACAAGGUAUUGAUCUGGACUUUUUUUAUUUCAUGGCGAUUUCGUAUAUUCCACGCUUUAGUCUGGUAAAUUGCAUCUCACCAUAGGACUAUGCCGAUCAUGCUUGAUUCACCACAUUCUCCCAUUGCCGACUGUAUCUCCAUCCGUUUAUCUGACUAGAUGCCCGUUGUUUAGAACAUGGAUUUACACCCAUACAUAGUGCUAGCAAUAUCUAGUUCCGGAUUUAGAAGAUUAUUUGGACUGUCAGACACCUCCUGGUUAAAAGAAAAACGGAACAUGUGUUAAACAUAAGAAUAGUCAAGUGAUGUCUAUUGUACUCAUAUAAAUUAUCAAUGUUCAAAAACCCGCUAGGUGGAGAUUAAGCGUCUUAUAAAAGAUUAUUGGAUUAAUGUUUAGGAAGAAGCCUAGACCAAUUUUUUGAAUGCAUAGACUGAUUUUAAAAAAUUCGGUUUAAAUAUAUCGUUUCGUUCACAUUCGAAUUACUGACAAGACGGAGCAUAGGCACCACUAAACCUAUUUUUAGAACACUGUAAAUUACUAUCAUCAACCUUUUUGUAAACCAUUGACAACACUUAUCAUUGCCACUAUAUCAUGAUAUUAUUGAUAGCUAUAACAUCUUUUUUUUUUGAAAUGUUGAAAUAACUAAAAGAAAAUGUUUUUUUUUAUAUAUUUAUGAACUUAUAAUUUGAGAUGGUUAAUUUAUCACAAAUUCGAAACUGAGGUUUUGAAUGGGAAAAUGAACUAAAGAUGGUUCUACUGCAAGGUGGUUGAACCAUUUACAAUUUGAGUUUAAAGGUUUGAGUGAGAGAUGGAUAAUUAGUGGAGGGAACAAAUAUAUUUAGAAUCCACUUUUUUCUCACCAUUCAACAAAAAGGUAGUGUUUCUGUGAAUAACGUAGUUAGACUGCUUUAAAAAAAAACUUUUAUGGCUUGUUCUAAAUUUUUAGAUCGCAAGUGAAGCAUUUUAAGUACCCAUAUUUACAAGUAGUUAAGUUUAUCCGCUUGUACUAUAUAUAAUUUUUAGACAUGAAAUAAUUUUAUGAUGUUAUUUAAUAAUCUAUAUAUAGGUAAUUCAUUAUCUUGAUAAAAUUACUUCUAUCCAAUUAAAAAUAAUAAUAACAAUACUAAAUUAAUAUACUAAAUUAAUAUUUACACUUAAUUAAAUAAUAUUUUCAUAAUAUUAAAUAAACUAAAUUAAUCAUUCACAU